AGAGAGAGAGAGAGAUCAAAUUUGUGAACUUUCACAUGUACAUUUACACGAAACCAGAGAUCGAUCAAAGUCCUAAUUUCUCCAGUGCAAGAUAAAAAGCAUAUACACACUAUUAACUUUUAAUCACUAUGAGUUAGGUUCCUUCAACUGCAAGUUUCAUAUCAAAUAUGCCUCUAGAAUCAAUCUUGGAGAAUAUUGUUAGGAACAUUUUGUUUAGAGCAUGUCGUUAUAUGUAAUCCAGAUGAUUACCUCUAAUCCCCAUAAGCGUAAAAAUGCUACUUCAUCCCACAAAAUCUCUAACUACAAAGAUGCUCCAGCAUGUUAUUCAACUAUGACGUUUCUUGGUUUCUACGUUUGUUUAGUUUUGGCAAGACAUGGACUACCAAAGGAACAUGUAAUCUUUAAUGUGUCUAGCAUAUACAUAUGUGUUGUUAACAAACUGAAUUAAAUAGACAUAAUGGCUUCAGCUACUAGCAAGAAUGAAAAGUGCCGAUGAAUGCAAAGUCGGAAGUUCUGCACAAACUAUUUCAUGUUGGAUUCCUGUUCGUGAUAGAUAACUGUUCAACGGAAGAACUCACUCAAUGAUGAGCCAACCGGUACGUGAACCUGAAGGUUGAAGAAAGAACAAGUGAAAUAUCAAGAGAGCCGUAAGGGGCUUCUUAGAGCAGGACCAAAGCCUCCUCGAAGUGAGGCUGCCCUCCGAGAGGAUGUCCGGAGGCUCUGCCUGUGGGACAAGUACAUGCGGAUGGUUCACUUGAUGGAGGUGAUGUCCACAAGAUAAAGUAAGUUCAUGUUUCUCCGUUUCAACUUUGUUUCGCCAUAAUAUUCCACAUCCCAUGAUUUCAGCUCGGUUACCCUCAAACUCUACGUUUGAGGUUUAGAGAUCACUAAUCUGACUGGUUUCUCUUCUUAUAGAUAAACCUGAUUAUCUUUUUCUUCCCAGAAGAAAGUCGUCUCGGCUCUGUUUCAUCCACAGUAAAGAACAGAAUCGAUUCUUCUUUCAGCUUCCAUACUCCCAAUCUCUCUUGGAAAUAUAUUUUUUCUCUCAAUCAUUGACAGUGUCAUUUCGGGACUAACUCAAUCAUGCAUUUAGUUGGGGAAAGUAGGCAAGACCUAGUUUCUGCUUAGCUUCGAAAUGUUGGCAACUUCAUAUGAUAAGUUCCAAUCAUCACAAGUCAUAACUGUGUUUCAUCCUCUUGAAGGAAAAGAGCUCAAGGCAUCUUUGCUUGAUGAUAAGCAUUGUCAGGAUUUGGAGUUUGAAAUGGGCUCUAUAUGGUGUAUUUGAAAUUGCAGCCUUAUAGGUAACAAUCUGUGAGUCGACGUUUAUACCAGUAGUUAUAGCUACAAGGUUCUAUGAAAUUCUAGAGAGAGUCUGGGAACGUGGCUUGCAGGUUACGUCUCCCAGGAUACACCAUGUCUCUCAACUCAAAUAAGUCGCUGGUAACGAUCAGUACUAGGUUACACCUUACCUCCUUAUGUACACACAUCAGAAUGCUUAUCCGAUCUGUCAAGACUUUAUUUUGAAAGUUCAAUUAUACAGGUCGGGCCUGGAUGAGUUUAGGAUUGGCUCUGAUUUUAUUUUUUAUUUAAAAUGUAAAACCGGUUUCAUUACGGCUAGAGAAAAAAAAAUAGACAUGUCUUGCUGUUGUUGGGAUGGUUAAGCAUUGUUUGUUAGCUAGGUGGUGAUUUUGUUUUUCUUUCACUUAGUAAAAUUUAUAGGUUAGAGAGAUUGUUUGGUGACAAACUAAUAAAUGUUUCAGCAGUAGUGUGUAAAAAGGAAUUAGGUAAACUGUGUAUGUAUUUGAAGUAUAUAUAUAUAUAUAUAUAUAUAUAUUUAUUUAUAGAAGAACUAUAUCCAUUGAUCACAUAAAUAAAUAUUUCUUCCAAAUGGGGGAACAUAGAUGACCAGGACUUAGCUCUUAGCAAGUCGAUACAGACUAAGAACAGAACAAACCAGUCGUAGAAGAUGGACGAAACCAGUAAGGAGCCCAAAAAUUGUUCAAUGUACACCUUUGGGCGCCUGAAAACUAGAGGCCGUUUUGGCGGUCCGGUCGUAAACACCUAUGCCAAAGCCUAUAAAAUAUAUGUAGUUUUGUUUGAGUCCAGGGAAAGAAUUUGCCUUCGCCCUUUGAAACGAAAAUGCACAUAUCUCUAGUUUCAUCAGUAUAACACAUGAAUCCGCCCACUUUAGUCUCCUCCUCUCUAAACACCAUGAUCUGCUGCGUUUCAUAGGAUAAUUUUUCUCGAAUCUGAACAUCCCUUGGCGCGCGUAGUUGUAUGCAAGAACCAAACGAUCAACGGUGCAACACUAAUGUCUAUUCAAUUCAUAUGGUUACACUACUAACAAUAAAAUAUGUACCAAAUUUGAGUUUUAUAUAUAUGAGUUAAUUACCAUAUGGUUCCAAAAUGUACCAAUAAAUUUCCCAAUUUACAAAACAAUAACAGUAAGUCACCAUAUAAUUCCAGUUUGGUAUUAUGCAUGUUGGUAACGAUAGAAAAACUAGGUUGAGAAAAUUAUUGUGCUGAAACCACAUAUGGUGCCAAUUUGUCAACCCUCCCCCCCUUCCCCCCACCCUCUUUAAAACAUUCAAACCGCAACAUCCUAACGAAGUAUUUUUCUUACCAAUUUUCGCCUCCAGUAUUACAUAUACAACUUUUAAAACCAAGACACGUAAUCAACACCUAGUUCUAUAUCUUUUUUCCAUCAGUUGUUUCUUUCUUUGAGAAAAAUCUUUUCCAUCAGUUGUUGAAAUAAAUAAAAAAACUGUACCGACAAUUUUGUUUUCAUUUUUAACUCGAACUAUCCCGACUACUCUUUCAAUAUUUAUUACAUCUGUGAUUUGUGUAAUAAUGUAAUAUAGAUAAGAUGAAGAAUAAUGAAGUUUUCAAUAUGACAGAUGAAAAUGAAAUGGUGAAUGAAGGAUGGAUAACAACGAGUCACAUGCUGUGGGAAAGUGGAACAUAACACAACCAAGAGAACAAACAAUAAAUGCAGCUUGUUCUGCUGUUUCAUCGACCUCAUUCGAGAAUCAUCUUUAUCGACAAAGACAGAGCCGUGAGAGCGUUUAUGUUGCCCGAAGCGAAUUAUAAAAAAGUUUCAAUAAAAAUAAUAAUACAUAUUACAAUAGAGAAUAAACAUAUAGAUAAUAUAACUUACAAAAAUAUUAAUUAUAUAAGAAAUUUAUUUUUGUAAAAAAAAUAUUAAUCAAGUAUUUAUCAUUCAAUUUUGUAACUAUUUUUUAAGAUAAGAUAAAAUAAAUUACUCAAUACUUUUUUCAUAAUUGAAUAGAUAAAAAUGUUCUAACAUGUACAUAUAAUUUAUUUUUAAUAUUACUAUCUACUAAAUGAAACUUCCUAAUCAUAUAGUUUAAUGAUCAUUUAAAAAAAAGAAAAAAUUUAAACCAUUAAUAACAAAAAAUUUAGUCUGGGAGUUUUAAUACUUUGAUAAGUCUUAGUCUUUCUUUAAAAUUUUAUGAUUAAAAUAUUAAUGGUUAAUUUAAGAAGAAUUAUAUAAUAUAUAUUUGGUGGCCUUUUAGAUUAAAAUAUAUAUGUAAAAUUACCAAAAGUGAAAUUUCGUAACUUUUAUUUAAGAAAAAAUGAAAAUAUUAAUUAUAGAUCGCUAAAUUUAAUGGUUAAUUUAAUAAGAAUUAUAUAAUACAUGUUUAGUGGACCAACAUAUUUUUCUAAAGAUUUUAAAAAGCAUUAUAAUAAUGACAUAUAUCAUAACUAAAAUAUUGUAAUGAUUUUCAUUUAAUAUAUAGGAGAUUAAAAGAAAACAAUGUUCCCUCAUAUAGAUUUGUUCCGUAGAUUAUAUAUUCUUCUGAAAAUUAUAUCAUUUCGUAUGUCAUUAGGCAUCAUAAAAUUAUCUCAACAUCUAAGAUACGUGUGUUAGCUUAAGGAUAUAGUAGAUCCAUGUGUUAUAAAUUCUUUUAUGAACAAUAUUCUAACAUCAUGAUUUGUGGUAUAUGUUAGAAAGCUUAACACAAUUGUUUUUGUUACUUAUGUCACUAAAACAUGCUUAUCUUUUUGGUCAAUUAUCCAUUUAAAACCUUAGAGUUGAACAUAAUUAGGCUGGAGUAGUAGAAUGAUGGAUGACUUAUCGGAAAAUAAUUCGGGAUAUUGUGCUAGUGAGGCGAAAACACGGGAAAAAGUCAUGUGGUGAUUACAUGAUUAGUAAACAAGACUAAUGAACCUCCAAAAAAUUAACCCACCAUAUCUAUUGCACAGGAUAGAGCCCACGGUCGAGUGAGUGGACGUGAAAGGUCCAUUACCCGUGGAGCGGAACGUUACAAGUAGUAUCAGAGCCAAACUCAGACUAGUGUGGAGUCAGUGAGGGUUCACACUAACAUAGGUAACGAUCCUGUGGCGCAAUGGAAUGUUAGAAAGGUUCAGAAAAUUGAUUUGACUACCUAUGUCACCAAAAUGCGCUUACCUUUUCGGCCAACCAUCCAUUUAAAAAUCUAGAGUUAAGCGUGCUUGGCUUGAAAUAGUGGAAUAAUAGGUGACCUAUAGAGAAGUGAUUCACGAUAUUGGGCGAAUGAGAUCAAAGCACGGAAAAAAUCAUGUGAUGAUCGUAGGGUAAGUAAAUAAGACUAAUGAACCCCUAAAAAUUAACGAACCGCUUGUCGCACAUGAUGAAAUCUACGGACCUGUCAUAUAGAGAUCUAUUAGCCGUGAGCGGGUGGGACCGUGAGCGGGUGGGGCGAUACAAAUAUAUGAUCUCGUGUUAGGCAGCAAACGAUACUCUGAUUAAAAGUCUCGGAUGGCUGCGUAACAUCUAUCAACAGACGACAAAUUAGUUUCACCUUUUAUAUAUUUAAAUGAACGAUGCAUUUCACUCUUAGCACGUCAAUCAUAAAAUUAUACCAUAAUUGAGAUAUUUGAUUAUAGUAAUAACUUUAAUAAUGACUAAGGUGAUGAUAAGGAAAUAUUGGACUGGAAUUUACACGACUGCUAAAAUUCAAUUACCAACUUGCUGAUGCAGUUGCAACAUUACGUGGCAAGUGUUACAGAUUGCGUACUGAAUCCUAAACUUGUGGUUUUUGUUUUAAACUCUUGAAAAAGUUUAUAAUACUGAUACUGUGUGUACAUACAAAGUUCAUUAGAGUAGUCUGAUAAAGAGUUAAUUAAAAGAAAGUGACUGUUAAUCUAACGUUCAAAAGGAGCUAGAUGCUAGUCCAAUACUGGAAAAGUUAAUAGAUAUCUUUUUUUUAAGGCAUAAGUGGAGAAAAGCGACGUCCCGAUAUAUCUGAUUGCGUUGUUGUCUAAUGAUGAUGUGACGAUAUUCUGCUGUACCAAUAUACUCGUGAAUCCAGGAUUGGUGCCUUGACCAGAUAUGUUUCCCGAAUUAAUUUAGUUUGUAUCUAUCUUAGGCUAGCAUGAGUUUCUGUAGAUCGACAGAUAUUGCACCAUACAACGUAACUUCUCAGGUAGACAAGAUAUCGCAGUCAAUAUUAAUUACUAAAUAUGAAUUGCCGGGCACCUACCAUGAUGUUUCAAAUGCGAGUUCCCUUGAGUUUCCACGUAGCUCAUACGUAAAUCACCAUGACAUGUCAAAUCUUGAAUCGUGUCAAGUAGCAUUAAUAAUAUAAUUAGUUUACAAAAAAACGUUAAUAAUAUAAUGUAUAUUCCAAGGGCAUUGUAGACAUUUCCAAUUCAGAUCAUACACUCUAUAUAAGGGCUACAACACCUCAACAGAUUUACACAACUCUUAUUAAUCUCUCAGUUCCUCUUUCUGACAGCUGAAAAUGACAGAAGUUCCCUCGUACAUGAUCCAGAACCCUAAAUUCGAACCUUACAAGCCCAAAAAACGAUAUUCUUAUUCUUCUUCUUCGUUGCUCUCCAUCAUCCUAUCGAUCUUCACUUACGUCUUGAUCUUUUACGUUUUCGAAGUAUCUCCAUCGUCUAUCUUCAAAGACACAAAGGUUUUGUUCUUCAUCUCCAACACUCUCAUCCUCAUCAUUGCCGCUGAUUACGGCGUUUUCACUUGUAAGGAGAGGCCCGACUUCUACGGUGAAUACACCAUGGCGGCGAUGAGAAGCCGUGCAGAUCAUAACUAUUCUCCAGUUCCUAACUUCACAUACGGAGAAAACGCUAGACAUGAUGAAAACUCUGGCGGCAGAGAAAAAAUUAAGAGCCCUAAAGAUGUCGUGGGCUAUAAGGAAGAAGAACCGAUGGUAAAAGAGAUAGUCAGUGUUUCUUCGCCUCCUGAGAAAAUAAUACGCGAGGUGAGUGAGGAGAAGCCGAGAGACGUUGUGGCUAUCAAGAAAUACAAACCGUUUAGUGAGCAUACAGUUGAAGCUUGCCACACAAGGAACCAUGUGUACCGUAGAUCUUACGAACGAACUAAAUCAGACAAAGCACGACGGGUGAAGACAGCCAAAAGUAAAAACUAUCGUCGAAGCGAAUCGGAUAGCUCGAAAUGGAUGGUUGUUCCAGAGAAAUGGGAGAACGUUGAAGAAGAAUCUGAAGAGUUCUCAAAGAUGUCGAACGAGGAGUUGAACCGAAGAGUCGAAGAAUUCAUACAAAGGUUCAAUAAACAGAUGAGAUUACAGUCACGAGUAUCGUCUACAUGAUAGCAUAUAAAGUUAGUAAGAACUCUUGUUUUAUUUUGUUGUUAGGAGUUCUUUUUUUUUUUUGGUUAAUACUUCGUGAUCGGAUGACGUUUUUGGCAGUCGUCAGUGUAUAAACUAAUAUAAGACAUGAAAGCAUAAUAGUUACUGAUACAAACUACAUGUAACUAUAAUAGCUUAUUCUCUAUGAAACAUUGUAAUAUCGGUUAAACUAUGUUACACGUGUCUAUAUUUAUAGGAAGAAUUAUAUUAAUUUAUCUUGUUUAUUGCAUUGAAGUUAAAUUAGUGAUAAAUUUGGAGAAUGCUGGCUGCCCAAAGGAAUUAAUUUAAAUUGUAGAAAAUAUUAAAUUGAAAAGCAUCCAGGUCGAAGAAUAUAAAUAGAGACUAUCGUUCAGAUUAUUUGGUUAGAAUGCAAUUUUGAACAUUAUCAAAGUUCUCUUUCUUCAAAAAAAAAACAUUAUCAAAGUUCUCUAUAUGAUACAAACUAAUUAGAUGACUCCUUUUAAAUGGAUAGUGUAGAAUAUAUGAAAUUUGUUAAUGAAUUUUAAGGGGUAUUGGUUCCUGUUAGAACUUGUUACAAAGUUUGGAAUGAUGAAUAUUGGUGUCAAAAAAAAAAAAAAAAAAAAAAAAAAAAAAAAAAAAAAAAGAUGAAUAUUGGUGUCACUGACGAACUGUUCGCUUUUAACGGGUUAUACUGGAUCAUUAAAAAGCCCAUUAAAUUUGUGAUAAUCAAACAGUAACGAAUUCGUAAAUUAAGCUCUUGGAAUCAAAAAAAUGUUGUCAAAAAGAAAGUAGUAGUAGUUUUUUUCUUUUUGGGGUUCUAAUCCCCGACAUUAAUGCGUCUGUUAUAAUUAUUAUGCAUAUGCAUAAUUUUAUUACUAGCAAUGAUAAACAAGUUUGAAACAUUGCUGAAGACAUGGAAAAUGACUCCAAAAUCUAAGAGCCAAUGAGUAGUGGUGAAAUUGGAUUCGGAUCAGAUUCUUGAAAAACAUUUCUAUAAUUAAAGGACCACAAGAUAAUGCUAGAAAGGCAUCGUUAGUUUCAACGUUCGAGUCUUUUAUGAUAAAUAUUCAAAGUUAAAAAUGUCAUGGGAGGUGACUCAGAAAUGUAAACAUCUACAUCUCCUACUAUAUGGAAGUAUUCAAUAGUUCCACUAGUUGUGGUUGGUAUGUAGUUAUAUCGUUUCCUCUUAUGUACUAUUAGGUGUCUGACUGUAAGGUAUUUUUAGAGUAAAAAUUAUUAGGUGGAAAAAUAUUAACGUCACUUCCCAUUAUUUAGUUACCAAUCAGGUGAAAAUACUUUUCUCCAAUUAACGCUAAAAAAAGUGAGAAAGUAUAUUAAUAUGUUAUUCUCUCUAGGGUGUGAUUGGUAAAUUGUCAGCGUAACUAAGAGGAACAAAACAUGGAAGAAAAAGAAUGAACAGAAAAAAGAGAAAACGAGAGUAAAUGUUUACUCCAUUCAAAACUAGUGAAAUAAUUUCUACCACUUUCAGCUAUAUUCAGCUAAGAUACUUUUCAACCUGAUUGGUAAAUAUUAAGCAGGAAAUAGAGUAAAACAAUUUUACUCUAGAAUAUUUACUCCAAAAUGACCAUUCAGUCACACUCCUACUGGUGGAAGAAAUGUUUUACUCUUGAUUUGACGUUUAUUUUUCCACCACUUUUCACCAUUUUAUUUUCACCAUAUUACUCCACUAAAAACCAAUCACACCCUAGAACUUAGAAGUUCCAAAUAGCUUUCAAAACAUUUUUUUUUUCAAGGCUCCGAAUAAAGGAGAAAUUGACAAUCCAUAUGUGAUCAGCGAAAACUAAAGAAGAAAGAAGAACAGGCAUUAGACAAAGCUUUAAAUAUUACCAAAAAAGAAAGAAAGACAAAGCUUUAAAUGUUUCAAUUUUCUUAAUUAUAUCAGAGCAGAUGGUCCUAAUUCUAUCUCUACCGAUGGUAGACAAUUUAUUUAUGUUUUGGGGGCAAAACUCCUCAAAACGUAAAAUUACAAAACGUAAAAAGAACUUUUCUGUAGAAUCUAGGUUUUACUUGGUAAAAUUAAAUAAAUUUAGUUUAAUGUUUUCCGACAAACUAAAAAUAUUAAUAUUAAAAAUAAUUUUUAACACUGGUUUAUUGUUUUAUAAUAAUUUAACCCCUAUACAUGUUUUAAAAUAAUUUACGUCUAACGGUUCGAUUUAUAUCAUUUUAAACUUGUUUAUGGUAAAUCAUGUUUGUGGAUUCUACUUAUACUAUGACGAAUUUUUAA